CAAUCUACAGUAUGUGUAUGCAUGUCCCUGUAACUCAGCCUACAUGGACUGUAGUAAUAGUAUGAUACCAUGGUUAAUCUUGAAGUGGGACUUCCCAGUAGCAUGCAACACAUAUCACAUUCACAUGGUUGACCUGUUGUAUUGUUACCCUAAGUGUUAUUUCUUUUUUUAUCCAUUAUAUCGCAUAUGUGCAAAUAUACAGUAUAUAAAAAUACUGUGUAGUAGGCCUACAUUCGUCGGUACCUCUAUUACCGGUACCUGAGAACGGUUCAGUAAACAUGACGAGGGUACAUUGUAGACGUCUUUGUAUUUCACUGCUACUUUUUGCAUGUGUGCUACUAGCAUCUGUACUAUACGUUCAUAUGCAGAUUGAUAUGCAUACAGUACAUGUACAUGUAUGCACAGCAGCCGACCAGCAACUGUAAUUCUUGAUGCUCACUUUCCAACUGAAUGUACAUGUAUGUAAAUGCUUUGCAGACAAAUGUACGAUACAACUACUGUACAUUAAGUGUGCCCUCAAUCUGUUUCAAUACAUGUACAUACAUGUCCGAGCUUGGUUUUGAAAACAAACUGUACUGUUGAAAACGCUACAAUUAAUCUCUUUCAUUUACACCGAAAUUUCUUGAUAAUAGUGUUAAGAUCGUGGCUUAAAGGGUGAUUGCACAUGUGCAUUCAUGCACUUGCAUGCAGGAGAAAAACCAGGAAGACCUGCAUUUGUACAACGGCUUGCUACUUGUACACUGAUCAAAGGAAGAUUGUGAAAUCAACGCUGAAUACCCCCCGUACAUGCAUUGUACAUGUACUAUUGUAGUGGUUCUGCUUUACUGCUGAACCUUACACUUUAACUUGUUUAAAUGAAGCUGUUUACAUUUCCUUCAACAGGUCAACCCUUUACAAAGCUAUGUGAACUUCCUCUAACCUGAAAUCAAAUUACUCAACGUUUGUCCUUGACGCAAGGACAUGUGUAACUCAACCAUUUCAAGUAAAAGAAAAGGACCUUUUCAUUUACCUAACUUUCCUAAAAUAGCCACAAGCAUUAUAUAUAUCAGUGAUUAACGACAGCAACACUGCACUGUGCGCAGCAAGAGGCCUGCAUGACCAAUUAUGGCCUUUGCACACAGCACAUGAUGUUGUUGUCGUUCGCUUUAACAGCACUUUCAGCACCUCAGGCUAUUUGCAUCACAGCACAUGAUGAGGUCAUUACCUUACUUAGGGGAAUACCCUCUUGUAGACAGACUGCGUACAUCCUGGUCUUUUUUCUUUAGCAUACACUGUAAUCCUAGAUAGUGAUAAAUGCAUUGAUCUCUUCCUCUUGCCACCUUGGCCUCUGUACUGUGGACAAUGAAUUGCAGUUCCUCAAAACUGAGAACAGAAGCUUUUGUAGGCUUUGCGUGUGUAUUCCCAGGUGCCUCAUACCUGUGUGUACAGGCAAUGCCCGUUACUUGUAUUCAAUCUACUCAGAUCUAUCGGUGCGUGCGCUUCAUACUAUCCUGGAUAACCUGCUGACCUACAUGUACAUGUCCGUAAUACGCAGGCAAAUCUUUACCGAUGGGCGCCACUAGUGCAUCGGUCAAGGGGAAGGAAGGAAGGGACAAGUCUCAUCCCUUAGUUUUCACUUUCUUGGAGGGGAGGGAAGUCAGGGGGAUAUUUUGAAUUUUUUUCUGCCACUCUCAACUGGUUAUGAAAUGACUUUUAAGAGGGUAAAUUUUCAACCAGAUGAGCAGACAUGGACCCACCGUGCUUGAAGGUUUCUGGCUUUAACCUCAGUUUGGUCCCCUCUUCCACAUCGGUGUGCUCCAAUUAUUACACCUACGAGCAGCAGGUUGUUUUUCCAUUUUACCCAUGAAAGGUUUCGCACUCCAGCAAUCUUGAUAUCCGCUGUUUGGGAACUCCAUUUAUCCCUUCACUGACAAAGAAUCGAGGGGCUAGUGGAACUGUUUCAACUGUCACCCGGAACACAGGAACAUACAUGUAUAUGUAGACUUGCAUCAUGGGCAAGACAGCAAGGAAAAGAACACCACAGAAGCGUAGUUCGGGUGAUCGCAUCGCAUUGGCGCAUCAGCCGCAGAGCAACGUCCGAAAAGCCAAACUGGCACCCGUAGCCAAACGUCAAAAGGUGUCCAAGGCCGUGAAGAGGGGUGCUGCAGCUUUAGUCAAAGGUCACCAAGUGUCACAAGCUGGAGGACGCAGAUUGAGGCCAGGCCUGCCUGAAACGAUUCUCAGGGAGGGCAAAGAGGUCGUCAUUCACAGGGUCACACCUGCUAAAAAGGCAUGCUGUGCUGCAGAGGUCAGGACAAGGAAACAAAGGAAACAUGCACGCACUUCCAUGACAGGCACGCCCUCUGAAAGUGUUGCCAGACAAGACAACCCAAAGUGGCCUGCAGAAUGCAUCUGGGAGGUCAACGCAUCCUCAAGUGAAACAGACGGGACAACUUCUGUUUCCAUAUCUCCAACAGGUCACAGGAAGGACACAGUUUCAGGGACAGCAGGUGCAUCAGGGAAGACAGCAGUUCACGAAUCUCCCUCCAUCACCGUGGUUGAUCUGGGCCAAGAUUUCAAGUCUGGCAUCCAGCGGACUGUUAGUCUUACCCCACCGAGCAAAGUCAGCAGGAAUAAAAAUAGGGAAGGGAAUUCCAGGUCUCAGUGCCACGAACUGGACAAGCAUCCUGAUAUCACAAAUGUAUGGACCUCCCUGGAAGGGGAUGUCAGGCAAGGAAGCAAGCCCAGAAGCCCACCAUGUGAGGAAAAGCCCAUGCAGAGUGUGUUUGUUGUCGAUCUGGGUAACCAGUCCCAUGACAAUUUCCAUAGACGUUCACCAUCUCCCAGUGAAAAUUCAAAAGGCAAGCAUAGUGCCAGGAGUACAACCAGCAGUGCAUCUCCCGAAACCUCCUCGCCAGUUUUCAGACGUGGGAAAACCGGUCAGGACACAGGAAGUGGGAAAAAGUGUUUAUCCAAAAAACAAAAGAAAAAGACAUCUGCUGAGAAAGUUGUCAAGAAGUUAAAAACAGGGAAGCAUCUGAAAGCUGAUUCUUCAAGUGAGAAAGUUGUGGAACUUGUAUCUGCUCCUGUGAAAGAAACACCGAAAAAGAAGAAGAAAAAGGACAAAGAUCGUGAAGGGACUCCUCUCAAAGGGUCUGUCAAACUGUUCGAGGAAGAAAUCCAAUUAAAAGAAAGAGGAAGUGAAUUCCAAGACGAAGGAGCCCAUAGUGACGGAGUCGGUGCAAAAGUUGAGAGCAACCGACUGCCCUCUGGGGAGGAUUCACUGGCAUCCUGCCUCUCAGAACCAGCCCUGGACGUGACGACGGAGGCCUCCGGAGAGGUGGAAGAUGACGAUGGACCAUCUCCUGAGACUGAGAACCACAUCAAUGAAGGAGAAGGUGUGAACGAUGGAAGUCCAGGAGAUUACCCAAUGGAGCAAGAUGUACAAUCAGCCAAAGAUGACAAUAAGCAGUCCUACAGAAUCUUGAAGCUUUUGAACAGUGAACAGUGCCUGCUCCUCCUCCGGUACCCAGGCAAGUUCAGUUUCCAUGGCCACGUCCUCCUCCGUUCCCUUCACGGCUGCAUCACGGUCCUGGGUUUCACAAUCUCGGACAGCACGGACCACGCCUUCCACCCGUUGUACUCCCCUAAUUCCUCUUGUGCCCUCUGCGUGGAGACUUUGCCCAGUGGCCGAGGCAAAGCUGGGGGGUCCGCAGCCCGAACCCUAAUGGAGAGCCUAGAGGCAUUCUUAGCAGCAGAGGAUGAGAGAGACCUUAGUGCCAGUCUCCAAGGUUUGGAGGAGGAGUUCACAGUUGCCCUUGUCCUCAAGAAGAUGUCGGAGGACCAUUCCGUGACGUAUGUUGAACGGUUCCCUGGAUUUGGAAAUCUCUUCAGUAGUCCAGAACCCAGACAGUACACCCAACGCGAGGAAUCUUGGACCUCCAAUCUUGCAGCAGCGGCAGCAGUGGGCAUUCGACCCACCACACCCAGCACUCCCGGUGCAGUGUUUGACACCCUACCCGGCUACCGUGCUGUCGCAGACUCAAUAAGUGGCUGGCUUCGUGCCACAGACGCCACUGCAGUGGUGCUGGUCUGUGGCUGGAAGAACUCGGGAAAGUCCAUGCUCUGCCGUUACCUGUCCAAUUCACUCAUUGCCAGUAUGGAGAGCUUGUGUUAUCUGGAAUGUGACAUGGCCCAAACAGAGUUCACUGCACCUGGCUUGUUGUCUCUACAGCACAUUUCCCAGCCACUGCUCGGUCCACCCUUCACACACUCGAGAAAGGCUGAAAUGAUGUGUUUCUAUGGUGAUGUCAAUGUACGUGGUGACCCCGAGUCCUAUCUCCGGAUGAUUCAGUAUCUGUUCCAGCAGUACCAGACUAGACAUCCAGACAAACCUCUCAUUAUCAACACCAUGGGGUGGAUGCAAGGCCUCGGACUGCAGUUAUUGAUGGACAUUGCUCGCAUCACCCGGCCGACACACAUCGUCCAGCUGUGGUCUGGAAGCCAGCCGCGCCUUGUCCCACGUCUGACGCUGGAUUUUCUGGGCAAAGCGGAAGGCUGGCGGCACCACCAGGCCGAAGGGAGAGGUGGGCGAGAUCAGAGCGGAGCGGAGGCAAUCUGUCCUGAAAUACUGCAGGUGGAUGCGCCUAAUCUUGGCGACCAGGCUGGGACCAAGUACAAGGCCUCGGACCACCGGACCAUGGCCCUGUUGGCCAGCCUGAGCAACCUCCAGCCCUCCCCACUGCCUCUCAUGCCAGUUGCCCUGUCGUCUCUGACUCCAUUGGUGUUGCCGUGGAAAGCAGUCGCUGUGCAUGUGACCAGUGGCCAUGUUGCCCCAAGGCACAUCAUGUAUGCGUUGAAUGGGAGCAUUGUGGGACUGUGCUGUGCAGACCCAUCCAAGAUGCGGUCGUUGUCGGUGGGCCUCCCAAGGGUCUUUGACUCAACCCCUGUGUGCCAGUGUCUUGGAUUAGGCAUCAUCAGGGGAAUUGACCCCGUCCAGAAAGUCUUCUACAUCCUGACGGGUGUGUCCCAGGAUGCAUUGCAGAUGGUCAACACCCUCCUCAAGGGGUCACUCACUCUGCCCCAACCACUUUUGACACAGGGCCAUCGCAUCACGGAUGUCCCCUACAUCUCUCGUGAGUUCUCCUCGGUCGUCGUCGGCUCCAGUGCCAUCAAAGUGCGUCGGAACAUCAAGCAGCGCGGGCGGUGAAUGCUCGCACAAUGACGAGUCACAGCGACCAUUGUCAGACCGGUUGCAGCUGUAGAGCAUGGCUUUUGUUCACGGUCAUGCUGUACUUAUACCAGGAAUAAAAGUUUAUUGCCAAAUAUUUUGGCAGUGAAAAAUUUCCUCACAACUUUAGCUCAUUACUGUUAACCAUUAAAUGUCCAACUUCCUUUGAAUAACAUUUGUUUCCUAUUCUCUGACCUGCUUGUGAAGAAACGGCUGUGUCCCUUUUGUGUCCUGCUUGAAAAAGUGUUCACGAUUCAAGAAAAAUGAGGAUUCUCUCCUAUUUUUUUUAACUACACAAUGACAAAAGAAUGCCCAAACUUUGUAUGCAGUGCUAAUGUGGGAGUGCUUUGUGAAAGUAGUGCAUUUUCUCACCAUAAAUAUGACGGGAUAUGGCAUACCGGUAGUUACUUCAAGGUUGGUACAUGGGUUGGUCUUCAGUGCUCCACGUCUUUUGGAAGCUUAUUGACCUUUGACCCAAUAGGUCAGUGGUCAUGGUCAUAGCUGGAGGAUCUGGCGUAGCAAUGUAAAAUGUGGUAUGCGGAGUGGAGUUGUGUCCUUCAGAAAUUCUGUUGAUUUUGGAUUCCGUGGUUAAAAAUCAUUGAAACAGGAUGAGCUUUGUGGUCACAAAUCAAAAGUUGCGUGUUUAUGGGUCACCUCAAAAAUGCACCUGUUUGGUCUUGAUAUCAUAUUCCAGUUUUGUUUGACUUUCUUAAAGGCUAUUUUGCUACCUUCUUAUAUGCUGAAGGAGUAUUUCCAUAUUCAUGAGCAAAACUAUGAUGUCAUCCCAGGAAGAACUCACUGUUACAUUGGUUUGUGCACCAAAAAAAUGCUGGAUUUUUAAAUAUUUUGCUGGCCUGACUUUUUCUUUUUGCUGAUUCAUUGUUGUGUGGGUAAACAGCAACGAGCAAGCAACGUGCUUGUUUAUUUGUCUUUAUUUUACAUUAUCAUUUUACUCUUAAUUCUCUGAGAUUUACAAUUUAACAUGAUGGGAAUGAAACUGGACAGUUUCAUUCGUUCAAUUUCAAAUCAGUAUUCAAGAGGGGCUUUGUCCCCACUGUACAAGAAAAGGUCCAAGGUUAGCCAGAUGUGCUACAGGGUUAAGUCUAUAAUCUUGAGUUUUGCAUUUCAUAUGACAAAAGCAAUAUGAAAAGCGUUUGAAGUACUUCUUGGGGUAUUUGGAUACAAUGAGAAAACUUGAAUCAAUGCAGAUGUUGAAAUUCUGCACUUGGAAUAACUUUGGGUGCAAAAUGUAUCCUGUAAGUUCCUUAUUGUGCUUGGAAUUAAACAGGUUUUCUUAAUAAAAUUGGUUCUAUUUUGCACAUUCUCCUGAGGUAGUAAA